AUGGAGACGGAUCACCCCAGACUCAAUAACGUCAGUGAGCGGUUUGGGCUCAAAUCGAUCUGGUCUGCCCAUUCAGAACCUUCGGGUCACGGUAUCAGAGGUCGUAUCGAGGGCGAGGUCAAUGACCUUCCUAUCUACGGGAGAAUGCCCAGUCAACUCAAUGGCACAUUCUACCGCAUCCUUGUAGACCCUUUUUAUCCUCCUCCAGAAGGAAAUCCACCUAUCGAGGGGGAUGGGAAUGUAUGCGCGUUUCGUGUACAAGAUGGUCGUGUGGAUCUGAGAAUGCGAUACGUCAGCACGGAGCGACUUCGGUUGGAACGGAACGCAAACAGACGUCUCUUCGGUCUUUACCGGAACCCCUUUUCUCAUCACCCAUGUGUCCGGGCUGCUAUCGACUCAACAGCUAAUACAAAUCUUGUCUUCUGGGCUGGCAAACUGUUAGCGCUCAAAGAAUCGGCGCUGCCAUAUGAACUAGAUCCCAGCACUCUUGAAACAAUUGGGUACAACCCCUUCCAGUCUCCAGGCUUGACUUUCUCUGCGCAUCCAAAAUUCGAUCCUUACACCAACGAGCUGGUUGUAUUCGGAUAUGAAGCGAAAGGAUUUUGCACAGACGAUAUUGUUAUCUACACUCUCAACAAAGAAGGUGCGGUUCGCGAUGAGCAGUGGAUCAAAUCCCCUUGGUUGGCUUUCAUUCACGACUGCGCAAUCACGGCGAACUUUAUCAUUUUGGUCUUGUGGCCAUAUGAAGCUAAUGAAAGUCAAAUGAGAACCGGAGGUCAUCACUGGCAAUACAAGCGGGAGCGGCCCGCAACCUUUAUUGUUAUUCCCCGGCGCAAACAUAGCCGACUGCCAGCUGGCUGGAGCCCUGGUGAACAUCGCAUAUAUCGUUGGGAACAUGCCAUGCUCCUGCACACCGCCGGCGCAUGGGAAGAAUGGGAUGAAAACACCAACGCUGCUAGGAUAUUUGUGGAAUCAUCAAGGAUGAUGUAUAACCCCUUCCCGAUGUUUGAUACUGAAACGGGGGGAAAUCAAUUCGGGGAGACGAAGGCCGAUUAUGUACGAUGGACCAUCGACUUAAGCCAGUCCUCGCAGACUAGGAUUGAUGACCCCAGCGUGGUAGUGGACCUACCCGGAGAGAUGGCACGCAUCGACGAGAGAUUCCAAACGCAGCCAUACAACAACAUAUUCCUACCUGUAAUUUUGCCAAAAAAAGCUUCUUCUGUCCCACCGAUCCUUCCCGUGGGGCUAAACGGCUACAUGCUCAUCGACAAGUCGGGUAUCAACACCGGCAGAGGAGUCUUGUUUGAUCCUGGUCCGAAUUGUACUGUGGAAGAGCCGAUCUUCGUCCCCCGGUCAAAUGACGCUCUCGAGGGGGAUGGUUGGGUCUUGGGGAUGGUCCACCAUCAAGAUGUUGAGAGCAGUGAGUUGAUAGUAUUGGAUACACAGAACUUCGCAAAGCCCGUUGCGGUUGUUCAGCUACCAUUUAAAAGUAAGGGACAGGUUCACGGAAAUUGGGUUCAAUAUGAUGCGGGAUUUCAAGGCUCCAGAAUGCAGAUGGCACCCGGACAGGAAGCGGAUUAG